AUUUUAAUGGCAACACCAUACGUCUAAAUUGGAUUUACAAUGGCGGCUAUGUCCCCGUCGCAGCGGAGAUUACAGAAAGAACUAAUGUCGUUAAUGAAGGAGCCUCCUCCAGGAGUUACCGUAGACGGAGACCAGGCCAGCCAAAAUCUGACACUGUGGACUGUUCACAUGGAAGGGGUUCCCGGCACACUGUAUGAAGGAGAGAAAUUUGUAUUGCAAUUUAAAUUCACAAACAAAUAUCCAUUUGACUCCCCAGAGGUAACAUUCGUAGGCAACAACAUACCAAUACACCCGCACGUUUACUCCAACGGCCACAUAUGCUUGUCUAUACUCACAGACGACUGGUCGCCUGCACUGUCGGUGCAGUCUGUCUGCCUGUCCAUCGUCUCUAUGCUGAGUAGCUGUAAGGAAAAGAAACGGCCGCCGGACAAUUCGUUUUACGUUAAAACUUGCAAUAAAAAUCCUAAGAAAACAAAAUGGUGGUACCACGACGACUCCGUGUAACAAAACGUCGCGGCGCUGUAUCGAGCAUGGACGAUAAAAUCUCAGUAUGUGAUAAGUGUUAUAUAUCGACAUGGGUGUGUGUGAACAUUGUUUGCGGCCCCGGGGCCCUGGUGCGCGGUCGGCCUUAUGGCGAGACGAAAUUGAGAGUGUCAUAGCGAAGUGACAUCUAGUGGCGAGGCGUGGGUACUAUGCUAACUGUCAAUUAUGGACUGAGGUAAGAUUCAAGAUUUCAUGAUGUCGGAAAAUUUUGAAGGAUGGAUUUUAUUAUGAGGUUCUUAUUUGGUCGGAACAGAACUUUUCUGUUUUAAAGUAGGUAAACCGUAAAUGUGUCUAUUGAAUUUGGCAAAAGAUUGUUGUAUAAAUAAUAAUCAGACGUUUUAACAUUGAAGGUAUUUUGGUAUCACCAUGAAAAAACGAGACUUUUAAACUUAAUCAUUAUUUUUUAGUAUAAAAAUUGGCAGUUAGUUGUAGUAGCGUCUUAUAAGUGUCUAAACAAGUGACUGUCUACGCCCUGUGGAGGGCAACGGCGCGAAAUUAGGAUUUGAUAAGCAAUCUAAUGGCUGAAUAUACAAAUUCAUUAUUAUAAUGUUAUUGUUGAGUACAUGUAAACACGUAAUUUUAUUUACGAACAGUGAGCAUUAGGAAAAGCUGUUAUCUUAUCAGUUUGUAAACUUGUUAGUUGUCCACUUACGUUCAUCAGUGUUGUAUGUUAAGGUCGGGUUGUCUGUCAUUCCUUAUAUUUAAAGCAUAAUAUUGUUUAUUAAAAAAAGAAAGGCGUGCCCAUUUUUUUUUUAAUAUUGUUUGGUCUAUAGAAAAAAUUAAAUGUGUAAAAUUGUAUGACCGGAUGUAAUCUAAGUAAUUUAUAUCAACUUAGAAUCUGUAUAAAUAUGUAUGAGAACCCAUGAAUGGUCCAUUCGAGACUUAAGAACAUUUGUUAAAAUAAUUAAUUAAAAACUCUUGUAAUAACAUAAAUAACACAUUGUGAAAGUGAAACUCCAUAUUUGACAAGCAUUUUCUGUUGUGACAAAAAGUCAUUAGUGCACAGUCAAUUUAAUUUUAUUAAAACUUAUUUCCAGUCUUUCGUUGUAUAUAGCUUUUUUUAAUUUGUAUAGUAUGUAAUUUUAAUGGUAAUGACUGCUUGCGAUCAUCAGAAUCAUUUAAAUUAAUUUCGGAUAAUAAUUCGUUACGUUUAGUUUAUAUCCUCAUAUUGAUGCAGCA